CUCAAAAAUACAUUUCAGUCAGAAUAUGUUAUCAAAAGCACGUUUUUACCUCUCUCAAAGAACAUUCGAUAAAAAUUUCUGUCUCGUCCGCCAUCUUGUUUUGAUGAUUCAGCCUUCGUGGGGAAAACCGCUGUAUUAGUCAUCACUGGCUCAUAUUACACAGGAUGCCCAAUCUAUCAAAAUAGAAAUAAUUCCAGUGAUAUUGAGGAGAAAGCUAAGCCAAAAAGAAAGAGAAAAAGAAAAAGAAAAAAUAGGGAAAAAGAAGAUGAAAGUGAAGAAGAUGAAAUAAUGGCAAGUGACCAAGAUGGCAAAGCAGAGAAACAAAAUCAAUCAAAAAUCAAACAAAAGAGAAAAAAGAAAAAUGCUAAAACUGAUAAUGUAGAUGAUGAUGCAAAACUCCCCAAGAAACCAAGGCCAAAUUACUUUAUUGCCGUACGAGUGUCUAACCCAGCCAUCCACUCUGCCUUUAAAGUUAUUCAGGACAGUAUUAUUGCCAAAGAACCCCUAUUUCAACCAGCUUUGAUUCCUGUUAGUACCCUUCAUAUUACAUUGUUGGUCAUGCACUUAGAAAAAGAACAAUUACCAAAAGCUAUUGAUGUACUACAUAGCUGUCAGAAUGAAUUGAAAAAGAUAGUUAGUAAUCAAAAUGUUCUUACUAUGACAUUUCAUGGACUUGGAAAUUUUAGAAAUGAAGUUGUGUUUGGAAAAAUGAAUGAUGAAGGUGAAGUGUCUAUGCUGCAACAACUAGCUCAGGUCAUCAAGAAUGGAUUCCAAUCAAGUGAACUUGCCCUGGUCUUUGAUGACAGCUCCCCAAUCAUUCCUCACUUAACACUCAUGAAAAUGUCUAGAAUACCAUUGAAGAAAAAGAAAAAGAAGCUGAAAAAGAUCCCACCAGAUACAUAUUCAUCAUGGAUUGAUUGCGAACUUGGUGUUGAGUGUUUUAGUGAAGUUCUUCUUUGUUCAAUGAAUGAUAAGAAAGAAAAGGWUGGCUUUUACCAUAGUCUAGGAUCAGUUGCCUUCACUGAGCCUUUAGAUGACAGCUCUUUGGAUAUUACAUUGUCUGACAUUAACAAGAGAGACACUGACAAGCAUACAAAGCUGAAAGAUGAGAAUGUUAGCAAAAAUACAAUUUGUUAUGAGAAAGAUUGUGAACCUCAUCAAGUCUCUCAUCCUUCUUCCGAAGAUUCAUUAGAGGAUGAUGAUGAAACACAAAAAUUACCAAACUUUUCAAAUAACAGUAACAUUGAUAAUCUCAAUUUUGAAACCAGUGAAAGGAGUUUUUCCAGUUAUCAGCAAAAUUCAGGAGAUGGAUCGAUGUGUGAGGGGAAACAAGACAAAAACAAAUUAGGGAAUGAUGAAGAAGUACAAGAAACUGUAGUUACUAGUGAAAUUAGCAGUUCAAAUCAACUACUAUUAUCGGGAGAAUCAUUGUGUAAAGGGGGAAAUUAGGAAAACAAAUUUUCUGGGAAUAAAGUGCAUUCUAACAAAGGAUUACUUUCAGACGAGGAAGACACCAACACCAUUCAACAAGAAAUUGUAGUAGUGUAAGAAGUAAUUCCCAAAAUUCAAAGCAUUAUCACUGCUGUAUACACAAUGCGUGAUUGUUAUUGAGUCCUGGUGAUUUAGGCAAGAUAAGCUUUCCAAGGAAAGUUCAGAAUAAAAGUAUUAUAAUUUAAAA